GUACUCAUGUUGCGCUUGGGAUGCGAAUUCUUUGCAGACUGCUUAUAUUUCAUUAAUAGAAAUAAAGAAUUUUAAAAUAAUUGUUAUUUGUUUUAAUCUUUUAUCAUAUAUUAACCUAUAAAUUUUAAGAAAAAUGACAGGAGAAAAUGAAGAUGAAGGAUGUGUUGUGAGAGUUCGUGGCUUACCAUGGUCAGCAACUAAAGAAGAAAUACAGAAAUUUUUUAAUGGUGUCAAUAUUAAAAAUGGUCUAGAUGGUAUUCAUAUGACACUUUCUCGUGAAGGUAGACCUAGUGGAGAAGCUUAUGUUGAAGUUGAAAAAGAAGACGAUUUAACAAAAGCCCUUGAAAAACAUAAUGAUCAUAUGGGACAUAGAUAUAUUGAAGUAUUUAAAUCAAAGAAAAGUGAAAUGGAUUGGGUUAUCAAACGUAGUGGUGCUCAUCAAGAAGAUUCGCUCAAUGAUGGCUGCGUUCGACUACGUGGUUUGCCUUUUGGUUGCUCAAAAGAAGAAAUCUCGCAAUUUUUUUCAGGGUUGGAGAUUGUUCCCAAUGGGAUAUCACUACCUACCGACUACCAGGGGAGAAGCACUGGGGAGGCAUACGUGCAGUUUUCUUCAAGGGAAAUAGCGGAAAAGGCGAUGGGGAAACACAAGGAAAAAAUUGGGCACAGAUAUAUUGAAAUAUUUAAAAGCAGUCUCCAAGAAAUUCGAAUGGCUGUUGGUAUGUCUGGUUCUAAAAUGCGUCCAUUAAUACCUAAUCGACCUGCUCCAUAUGAUAGAUCUGAUCGUUUUGGAGGCAUGAUGAAUAGGUAUGGAAUGGGAAGAGGUGGACGUAACUUCAGAGGUUUCAUGGAUGAAGAAUAUAAUGGUUUUGCUGGAAAUUAUGGAAAUGGCUAUGGUGGCUUUGGAUAUGGUGGUGGAGGUUUUGAUGGUUAUGGAGGUCGUAUGAAUAGCCCAAUGAAUGGUCGUUUUGGUGGUAACUUUGGGCCUGUUGGAGGACGAUCUUAUGGUGGUACAGGUCAUUGUGUUCAUAUGAGAGGCCUGCCUUUUAGAGCCAUAGAGCAAGAUAUUUAUGAUUUUUUUAGGCCUUUAAAUAUAACACCAGUUAAUGUUCGCCUUAGAACUGACAGAAGUGGCCGUCCAUCUGGUGAAGCUGAUGUUGAAUUUGCAACCCAUGAAGAUGCUGUUAAAGCUAUGACAAAAGAUAAAGCUAAUAUGCAGCAUCGAUAUAUUGAACUUUUCUUAAAUUCGUCCUCUAAACCAAUGGGAGCAGGUCCUGCUCCUUAUGGUGGUGCUGGUGGGAGAUAUGGUGGUGGUUAUUACAGUGGAGGUGGUAAUGGAGGUUACCAAGGCCAUGGGAUGAAUAGCAUGAUAGGUGGUAGCAAUUAUUCAGCAUUUUAAACACAGCUUAAAAGCUCACACUCAUUUCUUUUUCAUCUGUACAGCAGAUCUGGGCAUUCCAGCAUGUGAUUUUGUUAUCGAAGUAGUUCUCUAUCAUCAUGACUCAGCAUUUUGCCAAAUGAUUCAUUGUGGUAAACUUAGCAUUACCUUGUUAUUUCCAUCAAUUCAUAUAAUCAGUCAUCACUGGAGAAGAGUACAGAACACAUUUAAUCUAUGCAAAUUCUCAUUUAUCAUAUGCUUGUAAAAUGUAUUAAGUACCUGCUAGGAAUGCAGUUAUAUUAUCUUUAGAAUGCUGUGGUUUGAAAGCUGAUAUUGUUUGUGGACUAGUUUGAUUUGUUUGAAUGCUGUUACGAGGUAUGCAAGACUUAAGUUUUUAUUUGUGUAAAUAAUGUUCCUAAUCUUCAUAUACUCAUUACUUUUUAAGAAUACCCUUUUUAAUCAUAUCUUUGUAAUUUAAUGGUAUACAUAUUUAGUCACUAAGUUGUUUUAUAAACUUAUGGAUUUUUAUUUGAUGCAGUUUACAAAGGUUUAAUAAUAAAAUGUUUUUUGAAAUAGU